AUGCAAAAGCCUGCAGGCUAUGGAGCAGUACUAAGCGAAAAGUCACCAUCAAAACAAACACAUUUGAAGGUUGAUGGAAAGUUAAAACUACUAAAUAAGCGUUCACUUAAAACCAUCCAAACUGAAUAUGGUGAUGUUAUCGACUGUGUCGAUAUAUAUCAACAACCUGCUUUUGAACAUCCUUCUUUGAAGAAUCACACUAUUCAGAUGAAACCAAGCUUUAACCCGUUAACUAAGAGCAAAAACGGUACAUCGACCGGAGCCAUGUCUCAAAGUUGGCGGAAAAGUGGAAGUUGUCCAAUAGGUACAAUACCUAUUCUUCGAAUCUGGAAAGCUACCUCUCUUGAGAAUUAUGGAAGGAAAAAUCCGUAUAUAACUCCUUCGCAAAUGAGUACCACAACCGAAGAAACUAACGAUGACCGGAAACCUAAUUACCUUUACGUUAAUCGCUCGACGGCGAUCCUAAUGGCCGAAGGAAACGAUUACAAAUGA